ACACUGGGCUUUGUGUAGCGGUUAUGUCACGCAUUGUAAUUCCGCGUAGAGUUUUGGAACUCCGCGUAGCCCUACUGCUCCCGAUUCAGCCGGCGGCCGGACUGCACCGAGCGCUCCCGGAAUUGGCCGAGACCCUGAGCCACUCGAGCGCGCCUCCGGAGCUCGAGGGUCGCCGAGGGUACACUGUCCACGCGCCGAGUCUCCACGGGACUCCCAGUGCACUGCACGGCAGGUAAGGAUGGAGGUGGAGGCCCAGGAAAGUAUUCCCAACUCUGCCAGUAUCCAGCUUACUGGGAAAGAGAGGACAUACAGGGUACAUGUGGUCACAUGGAACAUCGGCAUGUCAGAACCCCCAGACAAUAUCAGCUCCCUGCUAUACCUGGACUCCCAGGUCACUGCAGACCUCUACGUAAUUGGCCUGCAGGAGGUGAAAGCCAGACUGUUGCAAUUUGUCAUGGAUUUGGUCUUUGAAGAUUCCUGGAGCCUCCUCUUCAUGGCCACCCUGGGGCCUCUUGGCUAUGUAAAGGUGACCUCUGUGCGCAUGCAGGGUCUGCUCCUGCUGGUCUUCAGCAAGCAACUCCACCUCCCUUUCAUCAGGGAUCUGCAGACCACCUACACCCGCACUGGGAUCUUCGGGUACUGGGGCAACAAGGGUGGGGUGUCCGCGCGGAUCUCCUUUUAUGGACAUGCUCUAUGCUUCCUUAACUGCCACCUGCUUGCACACAUGAGCUACGCAGCGCAGCGCGUCGAUGAGUUCGAGUACAUCCUGGACGUGCAGGAGUUUGACACGCAUAACACACCGCACGUGCUCGACCAUGAUUUGGUCUUCUGGUUUGGGGAUCUGAACUUCCGCAUCGACGACCACGGCCUUCUCUUCCUGCGCGCUGCUAUCACCAGCAAUCGUUUCAGCCUGCUGUGGAACAAGGACCAGCUGCUGAUGAUGAAGAAGAAGGAGGCCUUGCUGCAGGAGUUUGAGGAAGGGCCUCUGUACUUUAAACCCACCUACAAGUUUGACAGGUUUUCCCAAACCUACGACACCAGGGCACCAAAGAUGUGGCUGGGCAUUAAUGGCAAGAGACGGAAACCAGCCUGGACUGAUCGCAUCCUGUGGAGGGUGAAGCCCAGACCUAAGGUGGAGGAAGGGUCCAAAGUGGAGGAGGCAACGAGGAAGCCACUCAGAGAAGAGCUCCCCCUUAAGGUGGCGCUGGACACUUACACCUCUGACUAUACCUAUGGUGUCAGCGACCACAAGCCUGUCAUUGGCACCUUUAGUCUUGAGCUGAAGAAGAAGUAUGAGAGCCCUCUGGUGCGGGUGUGUGCCGAGGGUGAUUGGAGUGCCACUGGGGAGCCUCUGGUGACGUACAGCAUCCUGGAGCCUUUCCCUGCCAGUAGCUGGGACUGGAUUGGCCUCUACAAGGCCAGCUUUAGAAGCGUGUCCGACUACAUUACAUACAUCUGGGUGAAGGGGAUAGAGGUUUCCAGUAGUGAUGAUGUCAUCCAGGUUUAUAUGAACAAAGAUGACAUCCCAGUGCUGAAGACAGACUGUGUGCUCUGUUACUAUAGCAGCAAUGCACGCUCCAUCGUGGGCAUCAGUCCGCCCUUUCAGGUACACGAGUCUGUGAUGGUCAUCGAGGAGGACUUGGCACCCAUGAUAGCCAAUGGGAGGGACGGGAAUACUGCCAGCUGAGGCUGAGCCUGCAUAUACCACCAAUCAGCAUCCUCGACCCUGGAACGGACAGCUGAGCCACACCCCUCCAUUUGCCACACCCAUUCUCUGCCUUUAUUGGUGCACUAGGAGGCCUGUCACUGACAUAAUAUCAGUCUCUAGAACUACUAUGUUCCAACAGACGUCUUUUAGUUGCAAUUUAUGUUUUUAAUCGUUAUACUUGCAAUGAUUUAAAAGUCAAUUUAUGUAAAGUAGCUCACAAUUUCACAAUAAUAUUAUGCUAUUAUUAUAUUUUUUUACACAAACUUACAUUUGGGAAUGAUAUUCUCAGUGGUACAACAGGAGAACCCUCUUGGGAUUUGAAUCAGCAGCAAGCAUGUCUGGUUCCUUAAUCACUGCACUGCAUCUUAAUGAGAAACAAGCCUCAAGUCCAUAAAUGAGAGAGAAGGGUAUGUGUGUGUUCAGCACCCACAUCCAUCAGCUUAUCUGUCACAGACCUCAGAGGUGCGAAAGAUGUGCAGAGAAAAACUGGCUGUUGCAGGGAGACAUUUUCAGGCUUUUUGAAUCCCAGUUUAAUUAUAAUCGUAAGUUUCUAUUCCCACAUAAAUGAAUAUCUGUAAAUGAAAAUGAAACUGAAUAUUUCAAAACUGGCUUCUAAUGAUUCAAAUUUGCAUGUAUUUUACAUUUUAUAUGUUUUAUAUGUAUCUUAUCGACUGUACAAGUCAGUUGCUUCAUUGUGCCAAUACAUCUCCGUGUCUGUCGAAUCAAAUCAAAGUUUAUUUGUCAGAAAUACAACAGUAUGGUAAAGCGCGGUAGCGAAAUAUUUUUUUUAGUUUUAGUUCUUUUUUUUAGUUAUACUGCACAUGUGCGAAAUCUCAGCUGAAUGUCAAUGUGAACAUGCAAGAAGUGCUGUUUGUGUUGGAACAGUAAAUACAAGCUAUGCCACAGCCAGGAUAAUGGAAGUGGUUUCUUUUCAGGCGUAAAAUAGAGCUUUGAUUCUUGUUAUUCCACUGUCCAAGAUGCCAGAAGUGUUUCUUUGGAUAUAGCCAUGUGUUGUUUGUUAUAUGUGUUAAUUAGAUCAUCUUAACAGUAACUGUAGCCUCAGAAUCGUGCAGAUACCUUGUAUCAGGAGCCAGGGCUUUUACAUCAACCACUGGAGGGCCCUUAGCGUGAUGAAGUGCUUAGCGUUGAUCUGACAAUCACUGGUUAAUUCAAAUAUUGCUUUUCCUGUUAAAUUGAUUUAUUACCAUUUUACUGUGUCUGUGUCACAAAGGAAAAAUUUAGAAAAUACAUAAAUGAAUAGUCAAUGCAAAUG